CGCAGACUCACCAUUGAAUCGCUCCUGCCUGUCUACCGUCGCGGUUCAUUUGAGUUAACAAACUAACAAGUCUACGGAGGUGUUUCGGUUUAGUUUUUGCAAGGGGCCUUUGGACAGAUAAGUUUGCUUUAUGUAUCCGUGUAGGUUAUGGAACUUUACGAGCAUUUAGUCCCACCCACAUAGCGGCGAAGUGAUUCAAGUUUCACACCGCGAUAUACAAUCCCAUCCCACAAAAUACUAUAGGCCGUUAUGAAUGCACCGGUAGAACAUGUCUUGGUGAGUCGUUGCGCACUCUACGCAGUCAUCAUGUUACUCACAUAUUUUGGUUUGUUGUAACCGGUUUAUCGGUCUUUUGUUACGAUGCAAAACUGAACGGUUUUCGUUUCUACAAUUCCGCGUCAGACAUCGACAGCGACAAAGUUCACAAAUAAGCACAUCAGUAAUAUUAUGAAAGUGGAUUUUACGUUCACGAUGGAUCUUAGCAGAAGUCUUCAGCGGUGAAUAGCUGCGUUGAUUUUCAUUGUUGUAUAAUCUGUACUGAUGGAAAACGGUAUUGAAAUGUCUCCAAAAAAUUCUGCGACAGUUACCCCCGGGAAUGUGGCCUUAAAGGUUGAUGAAACGCCAAAAGAUGCUGACACCUUGUUUUUCACGGAUGGAAAACGGCGAGUAGAUUUUGUGCUGGUAUACCAAACUGGAUCGCGAUCGAUCGACAGCCGUCGCGCUUUGCGUCGGACCAAUUUUGAGGAGCACAUGAAGAAAGAAGGACUGGAAUUGGAAAUUGAUACUAAACCUUUACCCGGCCAUCUUAUACCCGGACUGGACACCAUAAACAGCAAACUGCACAUUGACCGACUGCGAGCUGGACCAGCCGCCGAGCCGAAGCUGGAUGUGCCUCCAACGCUGUGUUUUAUUAAAAUCCACGGAACAUGGGACAUGAUGACGAAAUAUGCAGAUUUUUUAAAAUUAAAAAUGCCUCUUAUUAAAGGAAACGAGAACCUGCAAGACGAUGAGCUGCUACAUUAUUUUCCUAAUCCGUUUCGAGUUGACCGCGAGCUUCUUCCGCCCAUGCAGGAACAGUUUACAUCGUUCUUCUCCAAAGCCAGGAUGGACCAAUUCAACAUCAGCGACGAAGACAGCUUUUUCUCAGCCGGUCAACGAAGCCGGAUUGUCUGGGAAUGUUUGUCAAGAAUACGCUACGAUGAAGGCAACCCCACAAAAUUUGGAAUUCAGCGUCUCUUGGCCAACAACACAUUUAUCGCCGCUUUCCCACUACAUGAUGGACCAUGGGAACGGACGCCAAAACAAAAACCCACGAAUAUGCGAGCGAUUCUGUAUGAUCAGUGGGGACGCUUCACUAAUUGGUUUAAAAUCCAGCCUAUUGAUUAUGUAAAAGUGUAUUUCGGCGAGAGGCUGGCAUUCUUUUUUGCUUGGAUGGAAUUCUACACCGCCAUGCUCAUACCUCCGUCUAUUGUGGGAUUGGCAUGUUUCAUCUACGGAGUGGCAUCUCUGUCAAAUGAUCCCGUCUCGAACUCUAUUUGUUAUGACCCUUUCAUUGGCAAUACGACAAUGUGUCCACUGUGUGACAAAUGGUGUCCUUUCUGGAAACUCAAGGAAUCGUGCGCGCUGGCUAAAGCUACAUAUUUAUUCGACAAUUCGGCCACCAUGUUUUUUUCGGCGUUUAUGGCGCUAUGGGCGAUGGUGUUUCUGGAAUUAUGGCAACGACGUCAGUCUGUUUUGGCGUGGAAUUUUGAUACAUUGGAUGCCUUUGAACAAUACGAGCCGGUUCGACCGGAACUGGGAAUGCGGGUCAAACAAGUACGGCUGAACCCGGUAACGAAUACGGAAGAACCGUAUGUGCCACGCUGGAAGCGACUGGGCAAUUGUUUCGUAUCCACAUCGGUCAUCUCCUUUAUGAUGUUUGUUGUGUUGGCCGCGGUUUUUGGUACAGUAGUGUACCGAAUGCUGGUGGUCGUCGCCCUUUACGCCACCAGCAGCACACGGCAGACCUUUGCAAGCCAGUACGCCACGUAUAUAACCUCCAUCACGUCGGCACUUCUCAACCUUAUUGUUAUUCUUAUUCUGGAAAAGAUUUAUUAUCGUUUGGCCAAGUGGUUGACCGAAAAUGAGUGUCCAAGAACGCAAACCGAAUACGAAGAGAGUCUCACGUGGAAAUAUUACAUAUUUGAAUUUGUCAAUUGUUACAGUUCUCUGGUUUAUGUGGCGUUUUUCAAAGGCCGCGUUCCUGCUGGAACGCCGGGUUCUAAAGGAUGGUUCAACAUUCCCGUCGAUCAAUGUGAUCAAGCAGGAUGUCUGAUUGAAUUAUGCAUCCAGUUAGCCGUGAUCCUGUUGGGUAAACAAGUAUACUCCAUUCUACGCGAAGCAGCCUUUCCCGUCAUCCACAAUUGGUGGUCUAAUCAGGACAUCAUCAAGUUUUUCUCUCAUGUUCGACGGUUUUAUCGCUGGGAAAAAGAUUUUCAGUUGCGACCUUUCCCGGCUCUGAUUAUGUUCAAAGAGUACACUAGGAUGAUUCUGCAGUUUGGAUUCAUGACAACAUUUGGUGUGGCGUUUCCACUGGCACCGCUCUGCGUUCUACUUAUGAACCUCUUUGAAAUACGUUUUGAUGCCUACAAAAUUCUGGUUCUGUAUCGCCGUCCAGUUCCACAAAUCGCCAAAAAUAUCGGCGCGUGGCUGAAAAUCUUGCAGCAUCUUGCUCAGUUCUCCGUUGUUACCAAUGCCUUUGUAAUUGCCUUCACUUCCGAAUUCGUGCCAAAAGUUGCCUACAAGCUGGCCUAUUCACCGGAUGGGACAAUGCGCGGUUAUGUGCCAUGGAGUUUGUCUGUGUUUUCCGUGGCGGAUUUUCCGCCGGAUGUGGGACCGCAGCCGGACAUUUCUCCUGCCAAUUCAACAUCAUUUUGUAACUAUCGGGAUUUUCGCAAUGGACCACAGGAGGGGGAUUAUAGAUAUUUUUAUAACAUGACAUUCUGGCAUAUUUUUGCCGCCAGACUGGUGCUGGUUUUAGUACUGGAGCAUUUUAUCCUCAUCAUUACCAGGAUAAUCGCCUACAUGGUACCUGAUCUGCCUUCCUGGCUGCAUGCCAAAAUUCUCAGACAAAACUUCCUUGCCAAAGAAGCAUUUUGCGAGUCGGAAGCCAGAAAGAAAUACUCGCAGUCCGGAAUGCCCCUAAAAAAUGCCGCCACUCAGGAUUCACUGGGAUCUUUCCAGGAAGAUCACUCCCUGUAUCCAAAGAUGAACAACUUAUCUGAUGGCGCUGUGUGAAUGCACUGAAUGGUGUGGGGUCAGCACUCCGAAUUGGCAGCUUACCUAACGAAGAUUUGGAAGUCAAUGAUCUCAUUUUGUGAUUCUUUUUCCCGGCGUCUGGAGGUGUAUUUGAUGCAAGGACUGAUUACGAUUGGCAGAUCUGCGGCGCUCUUGCUGACCUAACUUUUUCUGUAAUCCGAAUCAAUUUGUACAUUUUGUUUUUCCGGAUUUUUGAAUUUUUACUGUGUGGAUUUAGGUACUUAUAAUAUUUAAAGUAUUGCUCGUCGAAAUUAAAAUUUACAGCAUAAAAAACUUUAAACUGUUUGAGUACGGCAUUAAAUCGUCUGACCACUGACCUUGAAGUGCAGUUGAACUGCGGAGGAGGAGUUACGUACAUACUUGUACCUUUUUAUCUUUAAUACCUGCUCAAUGCCACACGCACGUCCCCUGCUCCACCUGGAGCCCAAUGAAAGUUGCGGUUUUUUAGUACCAAGCUGAGACAACCGUACGAUCUGAACUGCUCUAUUGUUAAUGUUGCACCUGGAAAAAUCCUCCGGUAGUACUUACAAGCUAGCUACAAUAUUUUAAAAGCCAGUUAACGAUGGUCACUGUGCAAGUGUACGUACGUACAUACACCGUUCGCAAUCAUCGCAUCCACAUCACAGAUUUCUUCUACCGGAUUAUGCGGCUAUGGGCCGUCUGGAUUUAUAAACCAGUGAUCAGAAAAUCUGCAGUCCUCAGUCUGCGUUUUGCUGGCUAGUUGUCGCGACUUUAUCGUGUUUCACGCCACUUUAAUUUAGUUUUGCCCUUUAUUGCUUCAGCUAGAAGUUUUUAGUUUUCCCCGCCAUAAAGGGCAUCAUCACCAUGAGAACAACAACCACCCUCUGGUUCUUCCUCAUACUACUGCUCGGAUUCUUGUCAUUUGCGGAAUGUGGAUUUGGCGGUGGAUGGGGUAACGGUGGAUGGGGCGGAGGAUGGGGUGGAUGGGGCGGCGGAUGGGGAGGUGGAUGGGGCGGAUGGGGAGGUUGGGGCGGACCUGGUUGGGGAGGAUGGGGCGGUGAUGGCUGGGGCGGAUGGGGUGGAUCCGGAUGGGGUUGGGGAGGCGGAUGGAAGAAGUGAUCGCCUGAUUUUCCUCCAGUUUGUUGACCCCGGUUGCAGCAUUUUUACGGUGUCCAUUCCUCAUCGCCCUGGAUCUUUUGUCAGUCCAUUCCACAUCGCCCUGGAUCAUGUGUCAUUGUCAUUUCUCGCAUUCCUGUGAUCAUGUACCAUUGACCUGUGCUCAUAUUCAACGAGUUUAAAGACUGUACGUGUGCGACUGUUUUGUCGGUUUUUAUUUGUGAUAUGUUUUGUAUUUAUUGCGAAUGUUCGAAUUGUGACUGAAAAUUAAUAAAAUGACUGUGCGAUAAGAA